AUGAUCUUUCUCAUGAAAAAGUCUCACAACAAUCCAUGUGGCAAAACCAGGAGGCAGUGCAGGGGGUGGAAAAGAAGGGAUGGAGGGAGUUGGGGACUAGGUUUUGCUGCUGAGGUUUGCCCUUGGUCACUGUCCCUUGGCUGCAUUGCUGUCCUACCUCCACGCCUGAUUUAGGCUUUUAUGGGUCAUUUCCACUUUGGUCUGGGCUCUGGUUUCAUUCUGUGCUCUCUCCCUCAGGAGAAGGAUUGCAGGUGGGAGAUCCCCACACAGCAAUCCACUCCACCCUCUGCUCCCCAGGCCAGGAAAUAUCAGAAGGAGCACCUGAAAUGCUUCUUGCCAGAUGUUUCAGAGUCAGGACCUGCCCCAGAGGGUGCCCAGUCCACUUCUGUGUGCCUGUGUCCGAGUGUCCAUGUGCUGGGCAGCUCAGGCAGCUCCCAGCCCAGGGCUGGCUCCAGCCGGGCUCAGAGCACCCGUAGUGUCUCCACACAGACCCUGGAGUCACCCCUGGGCUCCUGUGACACCUGCUCCAGUGCCCAGGCCAGCCUUCGUGAGGUGGGCAGAGCCAUCACCAGCAUCUGCCAGAGCCAGAACAUCCCUUCGGCUCUCAGCAAAUUCCAGGAGGCACUGGAGGACAGCGCAGGGAGAAGGAACCUCUCUGCAACAGACAUGAGCUACUGGGCCACAGAGCAGAGCAAGGACCUCUCCCGGAUCAACAAACACCUCCAGGGGCUGCUGCAGCACGUGAACCCUGUGAAGGCUGAGCUGGAAGAGAUGGGCAAACAGAAGAAGAAGCUGCAGAAACAGGUUGAGGAUUUUUACAGGAAGCUGCAGGCAGAGAAGGACACCCAAGCAGAGCAGCAGAGGAAGGCUGAGCAGAGCCUGAAAACCAAGGAAAAGGAGCAUUCCGAGGCUGUGGCCAGGCUGGAACGGGACAAGGAUGACCUCCGGAGAGGAGCUGCUUUGCUGGACGAGCGACUCUCAGCCCUGAAGGAGGAGCUGGCAGCAAAGCAGGUGGCUGUGCAGGAGCUGGAGCUCUCCAAGACCACCUUGCUGGAGGAGAUGAGGACCACAAUGGUGGCCCGGAGCCAGGUGCUGGAGUUGGAGGAGAAGGUGCAGGUGCUCACAGGCCAGAGGGACAGCCUGGACCGGAAGCUGAGUGCCACCAGCAUGCAGCUGGAGAAGGAGAAGGUCCGUGUGGAGAGCAUGUCCCGGCACGAGGAGUCCCUGCAGGCUAAGCAAAGGACCCUGCUCCAGCAGCUGGACAGCCUGGACCAGGAGCGUGAGGAGCUGCAGGCCGGCCUGGCAGAGGCUGAGGAGGACAAGGCCCGGCUGGCAGAGCAGCUGGAGCAGAGCCAGGAGCAGAGUGGGAAACAGCUCCAGGCACAGCAGGAGCUGCUGGACACGCUGCAGCAGGAAAAGCUGGCACUGGAGCGAUCCAUCCUGGACCUGCAAGCAAACACAUCCCGGCUGGAGAAAGAGGCACAGGAGCUGAGGGAGCGGGAAAGGCUCUUGGUGUUCUUCCCUGAUCUCCAUGUCCCCACUGAGAUGCAGUUUGAGAGCAGCGGGAACUUGACGGAGGACAUGGAGAGUCAGCUCCAGGCCAACAACAUCCGGAUCGAGGUGCUGGAACGGGAGAACGUACAGCUCGAGGCUCUGCUUGCCAAGGUGAAGGCAGCAGCCGAGCAGGGCGUGCUCAAGCUUGUCCCACAGGCCCAGCUGGGGUCCCAGCUCCACAGGGAGGCCAGCAUGCAGGACACUGGGUUCAGCAGCAGAAGCAGCAGGGCCAGCCCAGGGAUGCUGGGAUGCACUGACAAGGCCUGGCAUGGAGCUCCCAACAGUCAGCAGUGCAAACAACUCCGGGCAGAGUCCAUGUUCCAGGCCAAACCCUGCCUAACGCUCCAAGUGCGAUGUCUGGGGCUUGGCCUCCCCUCACACCACACCAGGGCUCACCGCAAAUAAACACCAUCAGUCUGAAUUUCCUUAAAGGG